AUGCGUGAGGACUGGGUCCAACGGGCUGUGGAGUUUCUGCAAAACGACGUUGUGAAAGACCCCGUUCAGGCUGCGCAGUUCCUCCGCGCCAAGGGUUACACGGAGGAGGAGCUCGCUGAAGCCUGGAGACGGGCGGGUAACAAGUUCGGUGAGGAAUCGAAACCGCCGCCUCCUUUGGAUUUGUCGCUGGGGAACGGCUACGUUCCACCAGCUGCAGUGGGUGUUGGUGUGCAGUCAAAGCGCGCAGUACCCGGAGCUUGGACGUGGGCCUGGCGCCUCGCGCUCACAGUUGGCGCUAUCUCGGUGCUUCGGGAGUUUCUGCGAAAGUAUGUCGUACCUGCGUACUUUCCUCAACAAAAUAAAGCUGCCAAAAAACCAGCGAGUGAAGCAAGUGUGCUUCGCAGAGAACUGCGGCAGUUGCGCCAGUCCAUUGAAGACCUGAGCGCGACGAUUCGCACGAUGAGCGAUCAAGCCCAGCAACAAUGGCGAGACACGCAAGAACAGCUGCGCGACUUGCGCACAGAAGUUCGGCAGUUGAGGUCUGCAAAACCCGCCGUUUUUUCAUCGGCAGCGACGGAGUCGACAAGUGCGGGUAACGGGCCAGCGACGCAUGGCACGCAGCCCGUUCUGGGAGAAGCGCAGACCGCUGCCCCGAACCCAUGGACCUUACCUGAUUUUGAUAGCAUCGAGCCGGCGGAUCUGCCGACGUAA